GGCUGAGGUUACUUGGCAUUCUGGGACACAAACAGUGGUCUGUAUGAAUAGCCUGAACAUCGACAGCAUCCACUCAGGAGAGAGGAGGACGAGUGAAACAACAACAGCGGCAGCUAGCCAGGAGACAAACAGCAAACUGGACUUUCACAUCCGACUUGUGCGUCCCGUUUGUCGCUCUGGUGUCCGGGAGAGGGCGGCUGAAAGGCCGUUGGCGGUGGUUUUAGUCUCGGGAAUGCACCGUUGGACUUUAUCCACGCAGAGAGCUAGUUAGCUAACGACGGGAGUAAGUUAGCUUUGCGGUGAUUUGUGCUGGUGAGUUAUUGCUGUAGCUGGAUGUGAAUGCUGAAAGUUGAUGCUGAUGCACAGGCUCUCCUCUUGUCGCGUCGACCCGUCUUUCUCGUGUCUCGACAGCCCCCUCCGGCUACUGACUCAACCCUGUCCUGAGCGAAGUGAUAAUAACUGUGAAGAUGGCGAGUGUUUUAGACAGCGACUACAAAACUGACAACAUCAAGGCUCUGUGCUGGCAAUUUACCCAGCUAGUGUACCCGAGAUAAACUGCUAAUACGGUUAAGUUGGACUGUUAAUGUAAUGGCAAAGGGUUAUCUGUAUGUCUUACUACGCCAGUGCAGUAAGAGCAGCAGAGAAAUGGACUACUACUGCUGAAGCCAUCGUCUUCAAAGUUUAUGAAUACUUGUCUCUGUUGACAUGGACUUGGGCCGGGCGUAAACGCUGUCUAGGAACCUCUAACAUAACAGCUGUUUCCAGGUCAUCAGAGCUCCGCGGCUGGUCCCCAGAGGGUAUUUUAGGACAGACAUGUCAAUGUCAGGGGCUACCACCGUGCAGCUUUUCACCAAGCUUGUAAAGCACGCAGUGGGCAAGACGCAGAUUCAGCUGAACCGCUGGCUGCAGAGGUCAGCCACGGAUGAGUGUGACAAAAUUGACAUCCUAAUAUGCAGCGCCUUUGAUGAGAGAGGGACUGGCUUGGGGAAGUCAGACGGUGUCCCCGAGGCUGGCGGUGACGCAGGGGGGGCGACCUUCAGCAGUGCAGAGUUCAGACACCCGUGCUGUAUCACCACCUUCUGCUUCAAGAGCGCUCUGCUGGCAUGCAUCCUCACUGCUGUGUGCUUCUCUUCGGUGGCCCUAGUGCGCCAAUACCUCAAGGACCUCCUGCUCUGGGUGGAGAGCUUGGACAGCUUUGUUGGAGCCAUGCUCUUUAUAGUUGGUUUAAUUAUCGUGUCCUUUCCAUGUGGCUGGGGAUAUAUUGUUCUCAAUGUGGCUGCUGGCUACCUCUAUGGCUUCGUGCUGGGCAUGGGACUAGUUAUGGUGGGAGUUUUAAUAGGGACCUUUGUGGCACACUUGGUGUGCAAACGACUGUUGACUGACUGGGUGCUGAACAAAGUUGGAAACAACGAACAACUCAGUGCUGUCAUACGAGUGGUGGAAGGAGGAAGUGGACUCAAAAUUGUGGCCUUAGCAAGACUCACCCCCAUACCCUUUGGGCUUCAAAAUGCAGUUUUCUCGAUCACAGAUGUGUCCUUGCCAAACUACCUGGUGGCCUCCUCUGUGGGUCUGUUGCCCACACAACUUCUCAAUUCCUACCUGGGCACCACGCUUCGCACCAUGGAGGACGUCAUCGCUGAGCGCAUCAGCGGCUACUUUGUGUUCAGCCUGCAGAUCAUCAUCAGCAUCGGCUUGAUGUUCUACGUGGUGCAUCGCGCUCAGGUAGAGCUCAACGCAGCCAUCGCCGCCUGCCAGAUGGAGCUGAAGUCAUCGCACAUGAACGGCUCCUCCACCAAUCACAGCAGCUUCACCUACUGCAGCAAGAGGGCGACAGCUGGCAGCGGAAACUGCAUCAACAUCGUGUGACUUUGAAUCGCUACACGUGGCGGUAGCUGCCGUGACCGUUCAGUGAGAUGUGCAUAGCUUAAGGGAACCUGCACAGUUCAGCCGGUGUCCAAAACAUGCUGGUGGCGUGGUGACAUAUGCAGCGCUCAUCCUGGCAUCUCGCUCUGAGCCCCCUGAAAGUGUACGCCUGUAGUUGGUACAAAAGUGUUGGACCAUGCACCUGAGAGUAACAGUGUUGUUGAAAGUGGUACGUCAUAAUGGUAGUUUUGUUGUUUUUUGUUUUUUUUAGUUAAUAUUUUUAUUAAGGCAUUUACAUCGUUACACGAUAUGACGUUCUCACGGCAGCUUGUGAAAUAGUCACAAUAUUUAAUCUUUGCAUUUGUGUUCAUGGGCAUAAAUUGUAGCGCAUCCAGUUAAAAAGUCCGUUAGGAGGCAGGAGGUGGUGACACUGGUGUAAGUUAAUCACUCGAGCCUUUAGUUUCGGUCCUUGACAGGGCUUCUAAACUUUAUUACCUUACACUUAAGUUUAAUAUUUUCUUUCAAUUGUUUGGCUUUAGGCCCUAAAACCAAUAAGAAAAAGAUUUUUGGGUUAAAAUACAAAGCUUUCUGCUUGAUUUCAAGUUUUCCAGAUUAUCUGACGUGACUGUUUCACUUUUGCCGUGAGAGUAGGUUAAUUUAUGACAGGUAGCGCAGUGAGGUAGUUAUUAAAUACAUACCAGGAAAUGAACUGCCGGCUAUAUGUUUGAAUGUGCAAUCCGGAGCUUUCGAGAAAAGAACACCAGCCUAUGCAACCUUCAUUUCAUAUAUACCUGUUUCUGUUUUAUUUCAGGUGAUCAAAUUAUUUGAUUUGUCUACAUCCUUUGCUUAUUUACAGUAUGAUUAAUAAGGGCAUUAUUAAUAUUUUUGAAUUGUUUUGCAUUUGCAUGUUUUUAAAUUUUUCAAAGUGUCUUUAUUUUGGACUAGGAGGAAAACGGGAAAGCUCCCAGUGCGCACUGCAGGGCUCUCUGCAUGCGGGCAGUGUGGCUGUCUUCUGGCUUAAACCACAUCAGCUGAAUUGGCUCUCCUGCCUGGAUAUCAGUUGAGCCCUUCUGCAGGUUUGAUAGGAGCAGCUGAAGAGGAGAGCAGGAAAUUCAGGAAUGUUUCUGCCAGGAAGUUUAAAGUACAUGUUUAACUCAGAGCUGCGCGCCCUGCGAGAGAUUCACAUGUAUUGAACUGAGAUGUCAGCAAAUGUUUAAUGAUUCAUUUCAUGAUUAUUUUUUUUUUUUAUUGUUUAUUUUACAUUUUGUUUUGACUGUGAGAUUUUUUUUCAUAAGGUAUUAAUAGGUGUUUGUUUAAAAUGGUAGUUUUGAUAAAUCAGUGCAAUACAUCGAGGAGCAAACGGCAAGAAUGUCACAUUUCAGUGCUGAAACCAAACUAAUGAGAAAUGCUGUCACGCAUACAACAUAACACAAACCCAAGUCUGUCUUUAGUGUAGGGUUUUCCUUACUGACAUAGAGGCGCGAGCUCGAUGAGAUAAGCUUUUAUUUUUUAAGGUGCCAUGAAUUGAUGAAGCUUAUCAGACGUUAUGACACUGACCCCACCUGAGGUGAGGCUACGUGCAACUUAAGGCUUUUUACUUGUAGGUGAUGAUAGAUGUCACCUGUGAACUUUUUUUUUUUAUUAUUAUUUGUUUAAGCUCUUAAUACAACAACAAGGAUCUCAUGCGUAGGUUCUUUUGCACAGUCCACUACAGACAAACAUUAUUUUCAUACAGAUGAACUAGAAAUGGGUUUGGUUGGUCAAAAGGAGAACUGGAUGUGUCUCAGAUGCCGACAAUCAAACACAACAUGGACACUAAGUGAUGAAUGUGAUACUACUUUUUAUUUUUACAUUUAUUGUGAUGCUGCUCCUCAGACCAAGUCUGAUAGAGGAUUAUUAGGGCUCCUAUAAAAUUCUAAUCUUACUGUCCCUGUAGUUGUUCACAAAAGCCUGCUUUGUGAUGCUGGCACAACUUUUUGUUUUUUUCUUUUUAAUUAUAAUUUUUGUACCAGUUUGAUGUUCUUAAAGCCAGAAUCGGUCUUUGCCCAAACACAUUCCACGCUGUCAGCCGCCUGGCAAGCUGUAGUUAUUUUCACACUAAAUGUUGAUUCAAGGGCCCCUUCCUGUUUGAAUUUAGCAAUAAUUUUGAUAGUUAA